UUUAUAGUCGUUUACUCCAAAUCUUUUCACUCUUGCUUGCUUCUGCGCUUUGGAUUUUCUCUCCGAUCGUUAAUAUAGUGUUCCUGAGCUCUACUGGCAAGUCUAGUUUCGUUUCUUGGAUAUAUCUGCGUUUCGAAUCGAUGAGUUACGGUUCAGGAUCUAGCUUUGCUCCAGUUUUCAAAACUUUUGCUUACGAUGGAGCUGAGCAGAAAGCAGAUAUGCCUGAGGAAGAAGUAAAGAUCACACUAGAAGCAGUAGUAUCUACCGGGAAGUUCUGGCAGGACUGGGAGAAACUAAAGGGAACGCUGUCGUCUUGGUUGAAGAAGGUUCUAUCGGAAUAUCCUGAGGCAAAAAUGACUGAUGAACAACAAAAGGAAGCCCUAGGAGAAACUUUCUCAGAGCUGGUUAGUCGAUUGGAUGAAGCUCUACUUAGUUAUGAUGAAGGCCCUCCAUUUACAUUGCAAAGGCUCUGUGAGAUCCUUUUGGCUGCAAGGACCAUCUACCCAAAGCUCUCAAAACUAGCUCUUGCAUUAGAAAAAAAUCUGUUGGUUACUUCUAUGUUAGCCAUCAGUAAAGACCCACAAUCACAAACCACUGAGGAUCCAAUCGCAGCAACCACAGACACAAAAACGGCUGCUGCAAAUUGGGCACCAAAUGGAAUUGAAGCAAUGGGAGGCGAUAAGGAUGAGAUAAUGACAGAGGUAGACGAAGCAGAUGUUGAUGACGCAAUGACUGUUGACAUGGAAACAAUUGAUGAACCAUCAGAGACAAUAACGACCACGAGUGAGAGUGAGACGCCAGGCGAAAGCACUACUGCACAACCACCAUCGGAUUCUGUAGCUACUGCACAACCACCAUCGGAUUCAAUAUCUGCAGAGGAGGGAAAUUCGCGGUUGGCUUGAACGUGUACCUAGAGAGUUAAGAGUUUGAACAUGAUCAGCUUUGAAUACUGAUCCCGAAUGUAAUGCUUGUUCUACGAGAAGAAACUUGCUUGCAGUAUAUUAGUCUCGGGUAGAUUUGUGUUUUGGUGGUUUUUUUGGUUUAUAAGUAAGAAAAACAAAUAUUAUUCGUACAUGAGGUUCAGUUGUCAACUUAGAGUAAUCCAGUUGUUUGAAUUAGUUACAAAAGGGCACCAUUUUCAA